CCUUUUGUUAAUACUUGGUAUUCCCAUGUCCUACUACUUGUUGACUCACGGAUACAAAUCAUACCUCCAGGCCGUUCAUUAACCGGAACGCUAAUUUAUCCGUUCCAAAAAAUACUGUAUUAAACUUUUUCGCAAUGUCUAACAAUAUUGCACCCGUCAAAUCGACGACCAACUCAAUUGCUCAGUAUGAUCAAAAUGAUCUCAGCAAAGACCUUGAAAGCAACAAGGAAAAGGAAGUGUCUUCUGAUGAAAUGCAGGAGUCCAAAGAAAUCUCGGACUCGGACUCUCAAAAGGAUGCUCCUUCUUCUAGCCUUAUUCACAAGUUGAAAAAUAAGUUCCCCUACUACAGGUUGGCCAUCCACAUCUUCCUUGGCUGUUUUUUUACCUCAUGGUGGUUGUCCAUAAUCAUUCAGGACAAGCACAGAAGUAAGUGGUUGAUUCCUACCGUUUUUUGGGGUAUGGCCAUGGUUAGAUUGAUCUCAUGGCAUUGCAACAUCUUGCCUUAUUUGUUGAGUAAGGUGAAGUUGGUUUGGGACUAUUUCACUGACAUCAUCUACACAAAGAUCUUUACUCAAAGAUGGCAACGAUUGAUUGCAGGUACUGUUGUCACCGUUGGUUCCAUUUUGCUUGGUACUUUUGUUCCUUCGGAAACCGAAUACUCCAAGAGAGAAGACCGUGCAAUUUCUUUCUUUGGCUGUAUUGUCGCCGUUUUCCUCUUGUACGUUACCUCCAGAAACCGUUCUGCUAUCCAAUGGAACACUGUUAUUGGUGGUAUGUUGAUGCAAUUCAUCGUCGCCAUCUUUGUGUUGAGAACCAAAUGUGGUUACGAUGUGUUCAACUUCAUCUCAACUUUAGCCCGUGAAUUGUUAGGUUUCGCCAAGGAUGGUGUUGCUUUCUUAACUAAUGCCAAUAUCUCUAACUUGGGUAUGUUUUUCUUCACAGUUUUACCAUCAGUUGCUUUCUUCGUUUCCUUUGUGCACAUAUGGUACUACUUUGGAGUCAUUCAAUGGGCUAUCGGUAAGUUUGCUUACUUCUUCUUCUGGACCUUGAGAGUGUCUGGUGCUGAAGCCAUUACUGCCGCUGCUUCUCCUUUCAUUGGAAUUGGUGAGUCCGCUAUCUUGGUUAAGGACUUGAUGCCAUAUUUGACCAAAGCUGAAUUGCACCAGAUCAUGACCUCUGGUUUCUCGACUAUCUCCGGUGCUGUAUUGGUUGGAUAUAUUGGUUUGGGUUUGAACCCUCAAGCCUUGGUGUCUUCAUGUGUCAUGUCUAUUCCAGCCUCUUUAGCUGUGUCGAAGUUGAGAUACCCAGAAACCGAAGAACCAAUUUCGAGAGGAAGAGUUAUUUUCCCAAAGAAUGAAAGCGUUGAAAAGCCUCAAAACGUCUUGCAAGCUUUCUCCGAAGGAGCCACUUUGGGUUUGAGAAUCGCUGGUACAAUGUUGAUCCAGUGUUUGUGUAUCAUUGGGCUUGUUUCAUUAAUCAACGGUGUCUUGACUUGGUUCGGAAACUUCUGGAACAUCGACCACUUGUCGUUGCAAUUGAUUCUUUCCUACAUCAUGUACCCAGUGUCGUUCUUGUUGGGUGUUCCACGUAAUGAAAUCAUGCACGUUGCCAAAUUACUUUCCCACAAGUUCAUCGAAAAUGAAUUUGUUGCUUAUAACAUGUUGAUGACCGAGGCUCCAUACAACGAAAUGUCCAGAAGAGGUACUUUAAUUGCUACUUACGCUUGUUGUGGCUUUGCCAACUUUGGUUCCGUAGGUAUUACUUUGGGUGUCUUAAACACUUUGUCCAACAAUUCCAGAGCCAAGGACAUUUCAGCCUCUAUCAUGUCAGCCUUGGUCUGUGGUGCCAUCGCUACCACAUUGUCUGCUGCUCUUGCAGGUAUGGUCAUGCACGAUUUGAAUCAGUUCCACUUGAAUUGAAGCUCGGGCUAACAUUCUGGCCUUGUUUGGUUGAUUCAUGUGUGCACAUCUAGAUUCAAUUGUGUCCUGUCAUAAUUGUUUCAUGUCGGCCAAGUUUGGUUUAAAAUUUGUGAAUCUUCUUCGUUAGAGUUUGCUUAUCCUAAUAGAUACUAAUUACUUCGUAC